AUGACUAUCCACUCGUUUAGCGGAAGAACACUUCCGAAUACAAUACAGUAUGCUUUAUAUACAAUCAAAGUCAAACAUGAAUUUUCUGCUGAUGCUGGGGUACUAGUGUCACUCAAGUAUGAAAACCAGGGUGGCAAGCAAUCGCGAUGUUGUUAUUCCAGCCACGUUAAAAUUAUCUACGGCGCACAUGAUCGGGGCGUAUGGUCGCUCGGCACUGAUAUGAUUCUCAAAGAGCGCCCUGAUGAUGGUCCAAAGAAUGAAGCGAAAACUCUGAAGCUCCUUGCUUCUUACACGAAUAUUCCAGCACCAGAGCUUGUCCGUGACUGGGUCGAUCGAGACCGCCGUUACUUCGUGUUACAAAAACGAAUGGACGGUGAGACACUUGGGGACGCCUGGCCUCUAUUGUCGCACAACCAGAGAGUCGCUAUCGCAGACCAGGUAGCUGGCAUCUGCAAGCAUCUACAUUCCAUUACGUCCUCGAGCAUACAAAGUGUUGAUCAGACCGCCUGCUCUCCGGCGUUGCUUUUUUUCGAUUUCGAACCUCGUGGGCCUUUCCACUCUGACCUUGAACUUUGGGAUGCCAUAAGCCUCACCCUUCACAAUCCACCCGAAAGAUCAUUCCCGCAGCAAGCGUUGGACAACUUAAAGAAGCGUCUCCCUAAAUGCACACCUUACGUCCUCACCCAUUGUGACCUAAACAUAGGAAAUAUCAUGGUUAAAGAUGGGCAGCUUGUUGGCAUCCUUGAUUGGGAACAUGCAGCAUAUUAUCCUAUAUGGUAUGAAUAUGUCUCAGCAACUUGGGGUUUCACCGAGGCAGAUGCAGAAUGGAGGAGGUUGUUACGUCAGCGACUUGAUACACAUGAAGAUGCAAAAAGGUUCUGGAUGGACCUGUAUCAUUUGCGAAAUUAUCCAGAUUUGGACGAGAAAGGCCGGGAAGUCUUGGAAAAGUUGUCUGCGGAGUCAUGA